AUGGCAAAUGCAAUAUUUUCCUUUCUCUCUCUCUUGUUGCUCUCUCUUUCGCUGCAUGUCACCGUCUCCGCCGAUUCACCGCCGUCUCCGUCUCCGUCUCCGUCGCCGCAGUCACCCGCAGACUCUCCUUCUCCUUCUCCAUCUCCAUCUCAAUCUCCAUCUCCUUCCAUCCGCGCUCCGUUUCCUGCCCCGGCCAGCUCGCCCCUAGGUUCAUCGCCGCCGGCGCCUUCGAGUCCUGCUCCUUCGCCGGGAAGUUCUCCGUCUCCGGCGCCUGUGGAUGGUAGCUCAAUCAACCACACCGGUGUAGAAGCGGCGGAUGAGAAAUCAGAGGAUUCAUCUGACGGAGGAAUGAGUGGAAGCAAGAAGGCCGGAAUAGCGAUCGGUGUAAUCAUUGCUGCGAGCGUGAUUGUAUUGGCAGGGAUGGUGUACAAGAAGCGGCAGCAGAAUUUCAGGCGGUCUCAGUAUGGAUUCGCCGCAAGGGGAGAGAUUCUGUAA